UUCAGCAAGUGUUGUUGUAAGUAAUGCAGCCUCUAACUCAAGAUCCAAUUCCAUCUGGUUUUCCAAGAAUCUGAAAUCACGCCAAGUCCGAAAAAGCAUCCCAGCCUCAUCUCCUGCUUGCAGCGCCGGUGACUACUUCCUCAGCGGUUGAGAGUUUGUGCAAUGAGUCACAGUCGAAACAGAAGUGAAGCAAAGUUGGCAAAAUAUUUAUAUGAUGCUGUCGAAGCCACAGAUACAAGACAAAUAUUUAUCUUCUUGCGUGACGGGAAAGCCAACCCAAACUUCAUUCUUGACCAGUAUGGCAUUUCUCCAUUUCAUUUUGUUAUCGGAAACGAGUCAAAGAAGUUUGCCUUUGAAGCAACAAAAUUAAUGCUGCUCUAUGGAGCUGACCCUAAUGUUCGGUCUGAAGAUGGGCUAACACCUGUUCAUGUCGCAACAGUAUGGAACCGUACCGCCAUUCUCCACCAGUUACUGAAAGCAGGAGGCGAUCCAUUUCUCCGUGACGAUGACAAUAAAACUGCUGUGGAUUAUGCUGUGGAGGGUGGCUUGACCAAGGCACUUCAGAUUAUCAACAUUCAUGUAUCGCAGGCUUCCCCGUCAAGUAACGAAAAUUGCUCUGACUCUUCGCCCCAUUAUACCCUCACCCUAGAAAAAGUUUACUUGUAUCGCAAUGAUGUAAAGGCUGAGUACAGUGCUCAACCUACACAGAACAAACAAUUACAAGAACAAAGAAGGAACAAGAGGCAAGAAGAAGUGUUUCGCUAUCCAACCGAUUGGUCAAGUUCCGAGACAUCAGGCUCAGAUGUUAGUGUUACACAUCGUAUCACUGUACCUCCUAAUGGAAACAUCCAGAUUGAAAGCAUAGUCAAGUCAGACGAUGAUAGAUCUGUCAGACACAACGCGGUACAAGACAGCAAUAUUCAGCGUACUAUUUUGACUUAUCUGCAAGAUUGUCAAGUCUAUGAAUGUGUCGUCCCAAGCGUUGGUGACCGCACUCCAGAACAAAGGUCCCACUCCUCCACCCCAAGCCACAAAACUCCAUCAGCCGUAAACUUCACCUCCCUCUGUAAUAACUUAGCUAAAGAAUUACAUGAAAAACUGCUACCGCCUCAGUCCACCAGUUGCGCUUACAACGUAUCAAAUGAGAACCAUGAUUUGUAUCAGACUUGUCUGACAGGGUCCGAGAAGAGUAGAAGCCAUGAUCCGUGCCACAGUAGUGGGGUCAUCACACCAUGCUUAAGUCCUCAGAGGAAUCAGAAAAAAUGUGUCAGGAAUAUUUUUAUGAACAAGUGCAAUGACGCCAGUCCUAGUCUGUGUGUGAAUAGUCAUAAUAUCCCCAGAAAUUUUGCGCAGAGAAGUGUUUGCGAACAUUGUGAAGACAUUCUGUGCAACAACUUUAAAAUUGUAUGUUACCAUUUGUGCGAUUCGCAGGCUGUUACCAAUCGAGUCAAUCCUGAGUGUAGCUGUUCUGCACAACACGGGAAACAAAAUGGACAGGAAUUUUGUGGCAUUAAUAGUGAGAAGAGCCUAACCGGUUUUGAAAAGAUCUCAAAAAACGAAAGAUCUAAGGCUCAUUCUGCUUCAAAUUUUACUGCCGAUGUGUCUGCACCUCCUCUAGAUUCCGUUGAUUCCAGUGACCGCUGUGAUAAUAGUGCACCUAAAAAUCAAACGCACUCUCCGAGUACACCCAACAACAAAAAAUCCAAACAGGGCUCUAGUUUCUUGAAGAACAGAGCCAAACUAGAAAAGGCUUUUUUAAGGUGCCUUCGAAUUAAUCAAGUCAAUGAACCCAACACAAAACAAGCUGAUCCUACUAAGAUAUCGACUGUUGGAAGUCCAAGUUUGAUCAAACAUCGCAUCGACAUCAGUAGUAAUGAAAUUAAAUCAUCAGAAAUACCUCCAACACAGCAAUUUCAAACAAACAAUGUGAUCGCGAACAACAGAUCUUGUACAACACCUUCUAAAGUCACCACUUGCGUUAGAGACUCUUUCAUGGAUGAAAGACGCCAGUUAUUGCAUAUUGAAGUUUCUAAUAAUGACAAGUCGGAAAAUUAUGCCACGACAGAUCCAAGCUCUCCUAAGAAGUGCAAUAUUUGUGACUACCUUGACGAAUCUCAAGAAACUGAACCUCUCAUGCUCACAGCAUGCGACGGUCACUCUUGUUCGGGAACGCAAGGUAAUCGAUUUUCUCUGCCUGUUUCUGCGUCACCUAUUAAGUUAGAUAACUAUGUAGAACUUCACUCUGCUCCAACCAAGAAUGAUGAAGAAGAAAAACAACAGCCAAGCCCUGAACUUGAUAAUCCUGUAAAGUCCAGCUCUACGUUCGAAACUGUGAUUAAAGUAUUGUCUAAAGAUUCAUCAUCCUCAGAUAAUAAUGAAACCUGUGAUGUUCCUAAAAAUCCUGGGUCUCUGGAGAGCCUAACGUACAUAUCAGACAUGCAAGCUGCCAAUCAGACCAAUGAUUCUCACGUGUCGAGUUAUGAUGGAAGAAAAUCGGAUGAUGUGACUAAUAGUAUGGAUGUUGCAUUUUGCCUAUCUGCAAUUCCUGAAAAUGACUCAGCCGUAAAAGAAGAGGUGGGUGCUCAGUCAGGGGGUAGAAAUUCUUGCCUAUCAGAAUUUAGCGACGUUUUUUUCAGUUCUUCUGAAAGGGGCUCUGUAUGUUGUGACAAAUUACCGAGUCCUAACUCUGAGAAAGAAGAGCCGGCUCCUGGUCGUGCAUCAUCUUCAGACUAUUUCUCUCCCCAUGAAUUGACACGGUCUUAUUGGACUUCAGACGAAGAGCCAAGUUUCCUUGGUCCAUCAGGUAGAAAGGAAAUGGUAGAGGCAGUGAGCUGGAGGAAGUGUGGUGGCAGUUCGGAGAAUAAGGAUGUGUGUGGCUUUGAUGGGAUCUUAAUAACCUCAGAUGACGAACCAACUGCAAAGGACGGGUCCAAAUUCAAUGUGUGCGAAGAGUACAAAUAUGUUGACAAGGAGAAGGACAUAGUCUUCCGAGAAACUCGCUUCAAAUCCAGCACUGUCAGAUUAUCAGCUUUAAGUGGAUUUGGAAAUCUCUCCCCAACAGAGAAUGAAAGGAAGACACACGAACUCAGUGAUGAAGACUCCUCAAAAUCUGUGUCAUCAGUAUCAUCACUAACAUAUGACACUGAUACAUUACGUUUGGAGCUGAAGCAAAAAGGUUAUGUCCCUGGUCCAAUCACAUUUACGACGAAAAGACUCUACUUGCGGAAGCUGAAAAGGAUAAAUCGAAAAAAAUCAGAGGUGUUAUGUGAUUCUGGAGUCAUUGUUCAAAAUCCAGAAUCAUUCAGCCAUGAAGUGGACAGAACUAUCAAUCAACCUGAUGAUAAGGAGUGGCAGAAUUUACUGCAAAGUUGGUCUCAUCUCGAAAUUAAAAUGAGUUCAUACUUUGAGACACCCACUCGUCAUGCCAAGUGGCGAGGUGGAAUUUCGAAAUGCUCUUUCACUUAUCUCUUACUGGAUCCUCGAGUCACGGAAAACUUGCCUGCCAGAUCUCAGACCAUGGCCACUUUAGAAGUUUGGUCUACAUUUCUGAAAGCAAUAUUCUAUGUUGGUAAAGGGAAGCGGUCAAGGCCAUAUGCCCAUUUGUAUGAAGCAGUCAAGUUUUGGAAUGAUGGAACUUCUAGCAAUAGUGAAAAGACGCAACACAUUCUAAACCUCUGGAAGUCAAAUCAUGGUGUGAUUUGCUUGAAUGUAUUCCAAAACAUAAUGCCUGUCGAAGCGUUAACGCGAGAGGCAGCUAUGAUCGAGGCUCUAGGUGUCAAGAAUUUGAAAAAUGAAAAACAUGGAGAAUACUAUGGCCCUUGCACUUCAUGGUCUCAAAAACAAAAAUGCCAACUUGGAUGCUUCCUUCUCUAUCGAGCUUUAAUUGUGUUCCUUGCGGACGGUGAACGGCAACUGAAGCCGUACGAUGUUGAAUAAGCGAUUAAAUAGCUUACAAUAUCCUGAAUGAUCAAAUUGCGUUCAUCACCUUGCAAUCAAUACAUUUUGACAUGGUGCUUUAAUGAAAGAACCAAAAAUUAUUAAAGAAAAUUUAUAUCAAUCCCUGUAUCUAUAAAAAAUUAGCUGUUAAGAAACUAAUAAGACUGUAAUAACUGACUGCCCCUGCUCUAGACGUGUGGUAAACAAAAAUAUAAAAAAGAAAAUUCUUAGAGAACCUCCCUGUAAGCAUAAGGAAAGUUGCAACAAAGUUUUGAAAAAUUAAUUCCACAUAAACUGGACCUUGACAGGCAACUAGGCUCUAUUUUACUCGUAGCAUUGAAAAUUAGCAAAAAUAAAAAAGGAAGAAUCUUUUGUAUUAAACAAAAUGAAAUUGUAAAAUUUCAAUGGCACAACGUCCAAAUGAAAUGCCAGUUUCAAGUAAAUGACUAAAAGGCACAUCAAUGACACUUUUAAUGUCACCGAGCAUUUCUCCUAAUCAGGAAAAAUAUUUUUCAUCAAACCGUACUUUGGUGUACAUAAUUUAGUGCCUAUGUAAUCUCAAAUUUGAUAUCUUUCCAUGUAAAUGAAUAAUUUGAAAUAUGUAAUAGAUUUUAGUUAGGCUCCAUGAGAAAAGCAUAUUUUCCAAUAAAUGCCAAGUUCUUAUAACUUGUCUCCAAUUAAAAGAUGACAAAUUUUAAUUGUAAAAUGCCUCAAACUGUAUUCGUCUGCAUCUUGUUUUAAUUAAUUGCAAAAUUUUAAUCGAGGAAGGUCAAAAAUUCCUCUUUGGUAAGGCACGAGGAUGUUUGUAUCAGAAGGCUGCAGAGACAUUGCUCCGCAGGCCACAAGUUCAAAGGAAAAAAGUGCCUGCCGAUGUAUCCUAUCACUCUUAUUACUUGUGUUGUUGCUAAAUAUUUAAAGCCAUUGAUAAAAUCACUGAUCUCAAAUUGAAAGUCUUAGAAUAAUUUAUUUUUAAAACAAUGGACUGCUAACAAAUACUUGGUACCUGAUGAGUUGCAAAGAAAAUAUUACCAAUGAAAUAUAUGCUACAAAUUAAAGUUUGCUGUAAUCAGUAAUAACAAUAUUUUGAGACUUGUAUGGAAUGAACUUAACCUGAAAGAUUUAUUUCUUUUCUUUUUUAAUUUUUAUUUUCUGUGUAUUAUUUAAAGUAGACCUCUAUCCUCAUUUUUCAAUUGACAAUUCAAUACCUUAAUGGAGAUUUCGCGCUUGUUCUGUCAACUCAGCAGGUAGAUUUGAAAAAAUAAGAAAAAUUUAGUGUCCAAUAACACAUACCUAGUGCCUUUGAAAAGUCUUCAAUUAUUCCUGGCAAAUUAUGAAAGUCUGCCGUUUUUUUCAAGAAGUGUCUAUUGGUGUACAGUACUGAAGAAAGUAUUUUCAUCUUCACCAGCAACAUUCUACAUCCCUUUUUACUUUGUAAUUCUGAUCUCCGAACUAGCUUUUGUGGCAAUAGAGAGAAAGGAUGUAUUUAAUUUUCUUGAUGAAGCAUUUGGGAUGUGAAUUGAAAUUUGAUGAAGGUAAUAUAUUUUAUUACUGAAAAACUUGCUUAAUUUUUGUUUGUAAAAGCUAUCCUUGUUUUAUGAUCAAUAUUUCCUACCUGAGAAAUUUUUCUUUUCUUUUUAAAUUUUAUUUUUGUCUUUAGAUCUCUUGUACAAUGUUUUGCUGAUUUCCCCGUACAAUUAUUAAGUAUAAUUUUAAAUCUAUUUGUUUAAUUUCUCUCCUGAAUUUAUGUGUCAAAUUGUAUUUUGCAUCAAGAGAUUGAUGCAACAGUUGGUGUUUUCAUAUCCAGUAUAAUUAAAUAAAUCAGCAACAUCCAAAAAAAACUUUCUCAUAUGAAAAAUUCCUAACCUUUUCCAAGUAUGUUACCUCUGUCAAAUAAAUGGUCUCAGGCAUUAUAUUCAGUAGGUAUAAAUUGUUAGCACAUGUCUGAAAAAAAUAAUUAAGUGCUUCAGUUUUAAACUUUGUAUGUGUUUUAACCGAUAAUGAUAUCAACGGGUACAUACUUUCAAUUUUCUUUUAGACUUUGUUUAACGUUUCAGUCAUCGCUUUGUCUGAAGAAAUCAAAAUAUCCAAAUUAUGUGUAAUUGACUCCCCUGUAGAUUUUUAUUGCUGUUACUGUCAAUGUAACUUUUGAAAAAGAAGAAAAAAUUGAGUUCCAAUCAAGUGGUCAAAGUAUUUUUCCCACAGAUCGUGUAAUUUUUGUGUUACCUGAAAUUUUGUAUCAUUUGGCUAUCACGAGGACAAGUUGAUUCUUAAUGCUCAAUUAGUUGUAUCUGUUAACUGCCUUGUAGUAAGUACAUAUAAUUUUUCAAAAAUA